AUGACCAGCGAAGACGAAUCCUGGUACGCGGAGGUCGGCAUCAAACCGGGAGCAAUUCUCGAGGGCGGAAAGUCGACCUACAUCAUCGACAGAUUACUCGGCGAGGGAGGCUUUGGAGCGGUGUUCAAGAUUUACGACAAGAACGAUUCGAAGUUGUGCUACGCGAUGAAAAUCGAGAAGAAGAUUGAGAACAAGAUUCAUUCGAAGCUGAAAAUGGAGAUAAGCAUCCUCAAGAUGGUGGCCAAUGUGCGAAAAGGACCAAGCGAGCGCAAUCACUUCACGGCGAUUAUCGACCGCGGAAAGAAGGAAUACUACUACUUUCUCAUCAUGCAACUCGUCGGCAAAUCGCUGCAGGAUCUCAAGAAAGAACGCCCUAUGAAUGUUUUCUCCUUGAGUACGGGACUUGGUGUCGGAAUGCAGUGCCUUGAAGCGGUCGAGGACCUUCAUAAACAUGCUUUCAUUCAUCGUGACUUAAAGCCGGCAAACUACGCAUGUGGUUUGGACAAGCAAAUGCACACGGUCUACAUCCUCGACUUCGGAAUUGCUCGCAAGUACACAAAUGACAAGGGUGAAUUGAAGACACCACGUGCUAAGGUUCGCUUCAAGGGAACGGUGCGUUUUGCCUCGCUGGCUUGUCAUCGAUGCAUUGAGAUGUCGGUGAAAGACGAUGUGGAGUCGUGGUUCUACCUGCUGUUGGAUCUCAUCGUCAAGGAAGGUCUCCCUUGGAAGAACAUUCAAGAUAGGAACGAUGUACAAAAGCUCAAAGAGGAAUUCCGGGAGAAGAGAGAUCUCUACGGAACGCUCAAGUGCAAGAAUGACUAUCAGGAUAUUCUCACCUACAUCGAUCGUCUCGAGUACACCGAUCAUGUCGAUUAUCAAUUCAUCUACAAGAAGAUCAAACUGAUUGCUUUAGACGAAGGUUGUACAGUAAAGGAAAUGAUUCACGAUUUUGAGAGACAUUUUGAAGAGAUUGGAGAGUGGUUGAAAGCAAAGAAAGUAGCUGAGGAUGAGAUGAAGAAAUUUUUGUCAAUGUUCAAAGAUUCAUGCGACCAGAUUCUUUGGCUCAAUACUGGAUAUCAUUUGGAUUAUCGUGAGAAAGAAGAACUGAAUGUGGAGACACUACGAAAGAGACUAUUGACGGUUAAAAAGCAAAUGGACGGCUAUCCAGAAGUAAAGGAAGAAUUUCUCACCUCGCUUAUUGAUUUCGAGAAAUCUCUUCGGAAAAUGUUUGAGCAGAGUCUGAGAAAGUAUGAUGUGAAAAAUGGUUUGCAAAAGUUGAUCAAUGAUCGCUCGGUCGAGUUGUGGAUGGAUUUCAUUGUCGAGAAAACGACGGUAUUUUCGUUUUUUCUACAC